GAUAUAUUCUUCUGAACUUUCUGCUUUAUGUAUUUUUAAAAAUGUUUUAUUAGAUGCCUUUUCUUUUCACAUCCGUUUCUCUACUUGUGAACAGCAACCUCCCUCCCCUGCCAAAGCUUUCUUUUGAAACAAAUGAGCUUCACAAACUAUGUCUAAAAGUACAUAUCUUAUUCUGUACCUCUAGGCCAUCACUUCUCUGCCAAGACAUGACAAGCAUACAUCAUUUAAUAGUUAUGCACGAGUUCGAGCUGUGGUGAUGACCCGAGAUGACUCAAGUGGUGGAUGGUUACCACUCGGAGGGGGUGGACUAAGCUCCGUCACUGUCUUUAAAGUCCUUCAUCAGGAAGAGAAUGGCAGCUGGGCUGACUUUAUUAUUCAUGGAGAGCGACUCAGGGACAAAACGGUGGUUUUAGAAUGUAUGCUAAAGAAGGACCUCAUUUACAACAAGGUCACACCAACCUUUCAUCACUGGAAGAUUGAUGACAAGAAGUUUGGCCUUACUUUUCAAAGUCCUGCUGAUGCAAGAGCUUUUGACAGAGGCAUUCGAAGAGCUUUAGAGGAUAUUUCUCAAGACUCUCUUACAUCCCAGAAUGAAGUUGAAGCACCUGAAGAUAGUUUUCCAGUAACAGAAGAUGAUACUUCCAGUUCUCUGGCAAAAGAUCACUUUUUCCAGCCAGAAACUGUUGUUACCAAUGAGCCCUAUAGAAGUUCAACCAUAAGGCCCUCCCCAUUUGAAGACUUGAAUUCCAGAAGAGUGUUCUUGCAGAGCCAAGCUAAUCAAGUAGCAUUCAGUCAGCCAGAUUUGGACACUUCCCUUCAAGGCAGAUCUGGGGAUUAUGUACAUCGGCAGGUUUCAAAGGAGUGUGGAAGUCAGAAAUCCCAAAAUCGGGUACCUUUGAAAUCAAUCAGGCAUGUCAGUUUUCAAGAUGAAGAUGAAAUUGUCAGAAUAAAUCCUCGUGAUAUUUUAAUACGUCGUUAUGCAGACUACAGGCACCCUGACAUGUGGAAAAAUGACUUGGAGAGAGAUGAAACUGACUCUAAUAUUGAGUUUUCAAAACCGGAGAAUAAAAAGCCUGACUAUCUGUACUCUUGUGGAGAUGGGACUAAGUUAAGUGCACUCAAAGACUCUGUGGUAUUUAAGACACAGCCUUCCUCAUUAAAAUUUAAGAAGUCAAAAAGAAGAAAAGAGGAUGGUGAGCGUUCUCGCUGCAUAUACUGCCAGGAAAGAUUUAACCAUGAAGAAAAUGGCAGAGGACAGUGUCAGGAUGCUCCAGACCCUAUUAAGAGAUGCAUAUACCAAGUUAGCUGCAUGCUCUGUGCAGAAAGCAUGUUGUAUCACUGUAUGUCAGACUCAGAGGGAGACUUUUCUGACCCAUGUUCAUGUGACACCAGCGAUGACAAAUUUUGCUUGCGAUGGUUGGCUCUGGUGGCGCUGUCUUUCAUUGCGCCGUGCAUGUGCUGCUAUGUUCCCUUGCGAUUGUGCCAUCGCUGUGGCGAGGCUUGUGGGUGCUGUGGAGGAAAACACAAAGCUGCCGGAUGAAACAACUGCUGCCAAAAUGAGUCUGAAAUCUUUGUUUCCAGGAAUUAGCUAACUUGGAUUUGUGGAGGCUUUUGGCAAGUGGCGUGGCAUCUGGCCUGGCGUCACAAGGGGCCAACCAUGGAAGAAGCCGCAGAACUCGUCAGUUCUUGCCAUUUCACAGAUGCUAGAAGCCAUGCUGAACUGUUUCCCUCACAUGCAUGGCACAUUUUGUUGAAAAUUGUAAAGGAUUAUUUGAGGAAGGAAGUCAUUUCUGGCUAUUGGCUAUAUAAGGGUACAAACUCGGAAUCAACUAAAAAGGGAUUAAUUUGGCAUUUUGUACAUUUAUGGCUUAGGUGAUGGGGAGGGAUCUUCAAAAAGAACUGAAUGCAUCUGACACAUAAUUAAGCAAAAAGUGCACUAGUGACAGUUGACUUCAAACUAAGAAAAGUUAACACUUGGCAUAUAUCAGAAACGAAACUGAAGUACAACUAAAUCAUUUAUUAGUUGUUUUUUGGAAGCAGUUUUCUGUAUAAAUAACAAAUGUUUAUAUUUAACUAAGUAUAAGGUACGAAUUAUUACAUAAUAAACUUUUCUUCCCCUUCCAAUUUCCAUAGUAGAUACACUUGUAUCUACUGUCACAUUCCAUGUUUUGAAUAUUUAAAUCAUCUAGUUAUAGUUGCAUUUUUAUUCCACGUGAAUGAAUGGAUAUUUUCAUCUUCAUUUCCCUCCAACAGCAGUUUGUAUUGAGUUAUAUCUGUACAUUCUGGUGAUCUAAAACCUUUAAGAUAUUCUAAUAGUCUUGAGUGACCAAUUUUUUUUUUUAAGCACAGAUGUAAUUGUCUGAUGUUCUGAUGGGAAUAUAACACUUAUUUUUAUAUAUAUAUAUAUAAAAGACUGAUUAAACAUUUUCAGAAAAAAAGUGGGGUUUUGUGUUUUCAACCAGCAAGUUGUUUUCUUUUGGGGUUUCCUCCUCUAAAAUAUUUUAAUUGCAUUUGCAAAUGUUUAGCAAGUUAAAUGAUAUAACCAAAUAAUAAAAUGUUCUUUUGAGGUCUACAUCUAUCAUUCUGCCAAACUAGGAUCAUGUUCAGCUGUUUUAUUAAUCUUUGGGCUUUAUCCUAGUACUUAUUAUUUUAUCCUAUCCACCCUUACCCCACCCCUCUCCCCCCAUGGUAACAUCACUUUUUUCUGUUGCAGAAAAUCUUAUUUUUAUUUGAACUAUCAAAAACACAUAUUUUACAUUAAAAUGUGGCAUGGUUAAAAAGGCCAGGAAAAAAACACUUUUAAUACAUCCAGUAUAUGAAGUGUCUUACAAGUUUUAUUAAAUCUGCUUACUUACUGGAUAAUAACAAUUGGAUAAUGUUUUAACAGAUUGUAUAAUAUUCCAGGGAUCCUUUUUUUUAAAGUAUUUUAGUAAUUUAGUAAUCAAUUUUUAGUAAUUUUAGUAAUAUUUUAAUAAUUUUUUUAAAAUGUUACAUUAAAACUCUAACCAAGUUGAGGGGUGCUUUGGGGAAGAUUCUUGGGAGGGAUUUAGGAGGAAGGGAGAGGUUCUGAGUUGAAACGAGGGCCCUUUUCUAUGUCCUAAAGAGUUACUAUAGACAGUGAAAGUAAAAAUCACACUACCUUUUGAAGCUCCUUUUCUAUGCAGGUUUUUAAUGUCAUGUAUUUCUUUUUACAUAUCAUAUUAAAGCUUGUUACCUUCCUUUUCUUGCCCUAAGAUCAAACUGAACAAUGUAUAUAACACUAUCUGUCUGUAAGAUACUUUUUUUAAAGAAAGCAUUUAUAUUUAUAUGACAGCUUGAACUGACAACAUUGUGUACAUAGAUCAUCAUCUUGAAGUAUUAUUUCACAUUGAAAAGAAGACAAAUAUAUUGAUAACUAUAGAAGUUAUGAAAAAGAGCUUCUUUCUAGUUUUAUACUAAAAAAUCAUUCAGAUGAGCUAAGUCCAUUAACACUGUAGCAGCAGUCUUAAGUCUCAUUUUUACAGUUUAUAUAUUUGAAAGCUGCUACUGUGGAUAAUUUUCACUCAUCACAUUUUCAGCUAAACUUGAUUUCCCAGAAUAGACUGUUAACUUUCAAAACUACUCUUCAAUGGUAAAAUGAGAGUGCUUGUUUGUUUGGGUUUUUUUUUUUGUGAAAGUAAUUUGAUAUUUGUAAGUGCUUAGUUUAUAAUUCAGAUUUGAGCAAGGUGUGAACAACUGAAGAAAAGAACUUGCUGGCUAUAUAGGAAAAUGCUGUGGAAUUGUAUUGUGUAUAUACUUUUGGGAAGAAACAAACUUAAAAAAUUUCCUCUGUUUAGCACUAAUCACCAUAGUGCAACUCCUGUUCCUGUACUGUAUUUUAUAUGCAACAGAUAUGCUUUAAUAUUUUUAAUGGAUUUGUGCAUUAAUAUUUUCAAUUUGUUUAACCACUUUGCUGCUACAAUUUUGCCACCCUCUCCCCUUUCUUUCCUUUAUAAUCUAAAACAAUUUGCUUCAUUAAAAUUAUGAAUAUGGAUAUUACAGGUUGUUAUUUCAUCCUGGGUUUUUAUAAGUUAAUAUACCCAGUUUUAUGUCAAUAACAUAAUAAACCUAGGAAAAUCAAUAUAUGCCAUAAACUAAUGAUAUAAUAUAUCUGGAUCCUAAUGGAAGGACAGAUUAAGCUAACUGAGUUAGAAUGGUAACAUGGAAACAAAUGUAUACCUUCAUCAGUUCAUACUUGGAGAAAUCAAACAUCUAAGUAAAUUAAGCAACAUUUGUUUAUACUGCCCCUUAAUGUUUCUAACAACUGGACCUUCCUCUGAAAAGUUCCUCAGGUUUUUUGUUUGUAAUAUUGAAGGUAGAAAGCAAUCUGAACAAAAUUAUUCAGGCAUUAUUAUCCAUUGAAAGUAGAAAAUAGGACCAGCCAAAUAACAUGGAAAAAAAUAAUCCCAUGAGCUUACCUGUUAUCAUUGUUGAGUAAUAUUUCCCUUAGCUAACCAUGAAGGGUAGCAGUCUUCGGUCUCUGAAGACUGGUCAGCUAUAGCACGGCAGCACCACCUGCUGGAAUAACCUCUAUCCAGCAAAACCUUUGGGAAUAAGGGACUCUAAUAACAUCCCAGUCUUUGCAGGAUAUGGGCCAUUAAGGAAAGGCACUGUGGCCUCAGGACACCAGGAAUAAGAAUUUGGAAAAGCCUAAAAGUCAUUUUCCCCUUUCUAUUGUAUUUUGUUGAAUCCUGGAAAACUUUAUGUCAUUUCCCUUUUUUGGUCAUUUAUAGGAUAUAUGAACCAUAAAAGUUCCAUUUAAAAGUUAAUGGAUUAUUUGAAACUGGCAACUAUAGUAAACACUGAAUUCUUAUGGACAUAUAUGAAACCAGUUCUACUCUGAUAAUUUAUUUCUUGGCAAAAACCUUAACCACGAAGAAUUUGUAUAAUUCUGCCUUUGUACUAAAGGAAGAAUUUUGAGAGCUUUGCCAAUGAUUAUAUUUUAGCAAAUGAGUUGAAGAGAGUGAGUGUGUGUGUGUGUGUGUAAGGAAAAUGGGGAUUUUAAUGUAUUAUUUAAAGGACAAAAGAUUGAAAUUACUUCGUUUCAUUGGUUAUGCAGCUAUGCCCAGAGCUCUUGAAGUAACACUAAAACAAAACGCACUUUCUCAUCAUGCUGAAAAUAUCAUCUGUCAUUAGUAGGGGUUUUUUUUUGUUGUUGUUGUUUAAUUGAACAAUGCAAUAAGUUUUUUUAAGAAAUCCAGGUAGGAUCCAGAAUACAAAUAAAGGACAAUUGAAGCAUAGCAUCAUCAUACAUGUUAUGAAAGAUGUGCUUCACCUGUUAAUAUUUGGAAAAACUUUAUGACUGCAUUCUGUACUUUACUAAAUAUAGUAUUGUAUUUAAAUCCUAGCAAGAGGUCCAUUAACAACAAUCAUAACAUUUUUUCCUACAUUAAAAGAUUAAAAAAAAACCUUCAGUCCCUUGAAAUAUCUGAAGACACUAGUGCCCCCUUGUUAUUUUUUUUAACAUCCUUCAAUUCCUUUUCCACGAAAGUCAUGGAAACUAGCACAAAAUACUCUUGUUUGUUUUGUUUUCGCCUUUCUCCCUCCUUUUCCCCCUGUGAUCCCAUCUGUCCUUGAGUUUUAAGACAAUGCUGUUGUGAUGUGCUUUUCAAGCAAUUUCAUACAUGAAAUAAAAAUAGACCACAGUGAUUGAUAGAAAGCAAAGAUGUUAAUAGGCCUUAAGCUACUGUUUGCCUAGCAGCCACGUGGUUAUAUAAACUUCUGUAUGCUUUGGUGCACUGCUAAAUGUUAGACUUUGUUCCUGAAAGCUUAAAACUAAAAACUUUGUGGAUAGUUUUGAAAAUUAUAACGCAUUAUCUUAUGGAAAAUCCUUUGUAUUUGGAGCUGCACUAUAAAUGGUACAUAGAUGUUGUGAACACACUGCCUCUCCUUUUUGCAAAUAGUGCCAUUUGCUUUCUACCCUGACCUCAAAAAGUGCCUCACAUGUAUAUUAUUCCCAUUUAUCUUCAACUGCUUUCUUUAUAAUGAGCAAUGUAUGAUUUAGUUUAACUGAUGUCAUAGAUGUAUUUCCUUUUCUGUAUACAAACAUAUAGCUUGGUACUUUUCAGUAUAUAAUGUAAAUAUACAUAUAUAAGUUUGUAACUUUUGUUACACCAUAUUCGUGUAAUUGGACAUAUCAGAUAAUAUCAUAAAACAGUUUGUUUUUAAUGCUCCCCACCCUGUAAUUACCUGAUUAAACCUCUCAUAAAAUUAAAAAAGUUUUUUUUUUUUUUAAUGUCCUGGGCCUGUUUGCACUGAUGCAUGAGAUGUUAGCUAAAAAAAGAAGAGUAGCAACAAUAGGAGCUUAAAAAAAUCAGUGUUUUUAGGAUUCAUUUGUUUUUCAAACCCUAAGUUCAUUUAAACCUUACCUCAAAUUACUAGUUCCUUCUUGAUUAUAUUAGAACAUUUUAAAACCAUAAUGAAUGCUGCAUUUUCAUUCACUGACAUAGGAAUCAAUUCCUGUUUGUUCUGUAGUAUAGGCUUGGGAUCAUUUGUAGCAAAAUUACCCAGAUUGGCCCAUUAUUCUAUGUUCUAUAUAUUUCUCCAUCAACUCCUUCCUUUGUGAGAUGGCAUUUAUUCAAGAAAUACAACUUAGUUUUAUUGUUUGCCUAAAUGAAGUGUAACAGGGAAGAGUUUUUUGUUUGUUGUUCCUCUAAACCUGUCAGGAAACUCCUUCCAACUUACAGUCAUAAAAAACUACCUAGGAAAUUGAGAGGUUAAAUAACUUUAAUCUUCCUGAAUUCAAGGCUAGCUCUCCCUCCUUGUUACUUCUUAAUUAGGAAAGUAAAUCUAUAAUGAAAAUCCUAUAAUGUUUUCCUAGGAUGAACUUUUGAUUUAUGCAUGCCAUUGUUGGCCUUUUAGUAUAGAUAGUUCAAAGUUGACUUAAUAGGUUUGCCUUGUAUUAUUGAAUCUUGUUAUAAAGCAAUUUUUUUUAUUCCUAAGUUUUCAUAAACAUAAGACCUUUAUAUAAGGAAACUUUAAUGUUCACCAAAGAAGUUCGAAAACAGGUCUGCUACAACUUGACAAUGAAAAUGUGUUGCAAAUAAAGAUAAUGCUUAAAUUAAAA